AUGCCGUCCCACAAUGGCUCAACAGCUAGUGACUGGCCUGAGGAUCGGCUCGCCCACGACGAGCCCUCUUCCAGCGGCCAUCAUCGCUCCAAUCGACGCGCCCACUACCAUGAAAAGGGUCUGAAUACCGGGGUCCGGAUUAUGGACGAUGGCCGUCUCGAUAUUAAAUUCCGCGACCGCAAGCCCUGGGUCACCAAGAUCCUGCAACACCUCCAGUCCCAACCACCCGAACUCGAGAAAGGCAAGAACAAUUUCUGUAUAAAUGCAGACGAUUGGGACGAGGAACACCAAAGCCCCCUCAAGCUCAACAUCGUCAUUCAAGUCGUCGGCUCCCGCGGAGACGUGCAACCGUUCAUCGCGCUGGGCAAGGUGCUCAAGUCCCACGGCCAUCGCGUCCGCCUCGCGACCCAUUUGGCCUUUCGAGAAGUCAUUGAGGACGAAGGGCUCGAGUUCUUCAGCAUCGGAGGGGAUCCCGCCGAGCUGAUGGCGUUCAUGGUCAAGAACCCCGGGUUGAUGCCGCAUAUGAGUACGAUACGAAGCGGGGCGAUCCGACGGCGACGGCGGGAAAUGAAGACGAUCUUCUCGGGGUGCUGGCGGUCGUGCUGGGAGACUGGCGACGGGACGGGCAUGCACCACAUCCCCGAUGAUCCGUGGAGCGAGACCGGUGACUACAGGACCAAGCCGUUUGUGGCCGAUGCGAUCAUCGCCAACCCGCCCAGCUUUGCGCACUUGAGUUGUGCGGAGAAACUGGGUAUCCCACUAAACAUGAUGUUCACAAUGCCAUGGUCGGCCACGCAGGCAUUUCCCCAUCCGCUGGCCACGGUGCGGUCGCAAAACACCAAGCCGUCCGCGGCGAACUUUGCGUCAUAUGCGAUCGUUGAAAUCAUGAUGUGGGAGGGUCUGGGAGACCUGAUCAACAAGUUUCGCAAGCGCGAGCUGGGUCUGGAUCCGUUGGAUGCCAUCCGUGCGCCGAGCAUAGCUCAUCAAUUGCGAAUCCCAUACACAUAUCUAUGGUCGCCGGCUCUCCUUCCCAAGCCAUCAGACUGGGCCGAAAACAUCGAUGUGGUAGGUUUCUCGUUUCUUUCUUCAGGGUCCGACUACAAGCCUCCCGACGACCUCGCCGCCUUCCUCAAAGCCGGACCUCCUCCUAUCUAUAUCGGGUUUGGAUCCAUCGUCGUCGACAACCCAGGCGCAUUGACCAGGAUCGUCUUCGAGGCCAUCAAGGCGAGCGGUCAACGGGCCAUUGUGAACAAGGGUUGGGGGAAUCUCGGGGCCGACGAAAAGGACAUUCCCGACAACAUCCUGAUGAUCAGCAAGGCUCCACACGACUGGCUAUUCCAGCACGUCUCCUGCGUGGUGCACCACGGUGGGGCCGGCACUACCGCCGCCGGCCUUGUGCUGGGGUGUCCCACCGUGAUCAUCCCCUUCUUCGGCGAUCAGCCCUUCUGGGGCUCCAUCGUCGCUCGUGCGGGUGCGGGUCCACGGCCGAUUCCGCACAAGCAGUUGACGACGGAGAAACUCACGAAGGCAAUUAAGACGGCCCUGGAGCCCUCCACCAAAGAAAAGGCCAAGGAACUCGGCGAGCAGAUGCGCACGGAACAAGGGGUGCGAAAUGCGGCCAUAAGCUUCUAUCAACACCUGGACUUGCAGAGUCUGCAGUGCUCGAUCUGUCCCCAUCUCCCGGCCGUAUGGUGGGUCCGGCAUUCUCAUAUCAAACUCAGCACAUUCGCCGCGGCAGUGUUGGUCGAGACGGGGCUGAUCGACCCACGGAAUGUGGUCUUAUACCGAUCGAUCGAAUACGAUACGAACCGUGACCCUCGCGGGCCUCUGACCGCCGGCGCGGAGGUUCUCUACGGCAUUGUCUCCGGGUUCAUGGCCAAACACAUCCUUAACUGGGCGAUCAUGAUCCCCACCGACGUGACACUGAGUUUGUCGAAGGGGUUCCACAAUGCCCCGAAGCUGUACCGCGAUUCAACCGUGGAGAAAACGCCCAAGGUGCUGGGUGUGAGGAGUGGGUUUCGCGCGGCAGGCACGGAAUUCACCCAUGGCCUCUACCACGGAGUGACCGGCUUGAUCACCCAACCGAUGCUCGGCAUGGAGAAAUCUGGCGGCGGCGGCUUCGUCAAGGGAAUUGGCAAGGGGGUGGGCGGGGUGUUCUUCAAACCUACUGCCGGCAUUUGGGGCCUGGCAGGCUACCCGCUGGACGGGAUCCAUAAGAGCCUGCGGAACUCCCUGGCCAAGAGCAAGACGAAGGAGAUCCUCACCUCGCGGAUCAAUCAGGGCAUCGAGGAGAUGAGUGCCGCGACGCCGCAGCAGCGGGCGGAGGUCAUCCAGCGGUGGAAUCAGUUGGUGAAGGCAGAAGGGGGUGCUGGGGCGGAUAGUGGUAGUGGAGAUUCGCAUUCAUGA